GAGAGAGAAGCAAGUGAAGCCACCAGCAACGACAAGAGAGACACAGAGAGGCGAGCUAUCCUUGAAGUGCAGUUCGUUUAUACGUCGUCGCGUCAUCCUCAAUCCCCACAAAACCCCCCCAAAUUCCCAAUUCCAGGGUUUCUCUCUCAAACCGAUGCAUCUCCAAAAAGCUUGAAUUUUUUAUCCUACCAUUGACAGUGAAAAAUAAAGUUCGCACCUUUUUUUGAAAUUCUUGAGGUGCAAAAGAGGAAAAAGAAAUCAUGUAUAGUCAUAGAGAUCGAGGAAUAGGUUCAUCGAAAUCGGAGCUAAUCGAUCGGAAGCGUCUAGUCGCUUCUUUGGAUAAGCAUCUAGAGAAGUUAUCGCCGUGCACUUCGAGAGGCUUGAACGGCAAAGACAAAGAGAGAUCCUCUUUGCCUUCAACUUCCACUGGUAAAUCUCAGCUCGAUCAUCGCGAUUCGCGUUCUACGGCUCUUUCUAAAGCCCGAUGUUCCGAUGAGGAAUCUGAAACGGACACUGAAGAAUCGGAUGUUAGCGGUUCCGAUGGAGAUGACACAUCUUGGAUCUCGUGGUUUUGCAAUUUGCGGGGCAAUGAGUUUUUCUGUGAAGUUGAUGAUGAAUACAUCCAAGAUGACUUUAAUCUUUGUGGGUUGAGCCAUCAAGUUCCGUAUUAUGAUUAUGCACUUGAUUUGAUUUUGGACAUUGAAUCUUCUCAUGGCGAUAUGUUCACCGAAGAACAAAAUGAAUUGGUUGAAUCAGCUGCUGAGAUGUUGUAUGGUCUUAUACACGUCCGUUACAUAUUAACUAGCAAGGGAAUGUCUGCUAUGUUGGAGAAGUACAAAAACUAUGACUUUGGAAGAUGCCCGAGAGUUUGCUGCUGUGGACAACCUUGUCUUCCAGUUGGUCAAUCAGAUAUUCCUCGCUCGAGUACCGUGAAAAUCUACUGCCCAAAAUGUGAAGAUAUAUAUUACCCUCGAUCCAAGUAUCAAGGCAAUAUUGACGGAGCAUAUUUCGGUACAACAUUUCCACAUCUAUUUCUGAUGACAUAUGGGCACUUAAAGCCUCAAAAGCCAACUCAAAACUACAUCCCACGAGUUUUCGGCUUCAAGAUCCACAAGCCCUGACAUGAUUGAUACAUGAGUUGCAGCAAGACAGAACUUAAACACUCAGAUCAAUUUCCGGUCAGUGAGAUUCGUGGUGAUUUUCAAUUAGCCUGGUGCUUCUUCUAUCAAAGCAGUGGGUUCCCAACAAUGCAAGGUGAAGUGGGGCUCCAAAAGAAACAAAGAAAUGGUACGAUUGAUUGAUUGAUUGAUUGAUAUGGCAAAUGAAAUAUGGAGUGCUAGUGGAGCACAAGGAAUCUCUAGGAUUUGUUUUUUUAUGAAGUUUAAGUAAGCAUAUAUUUUUGUUUGGAAGUGUGCGUUUUGCUGUAGUUGAUAAUAGAUUAGGUGAAUAUCUCUUUCUUUUGUUCAAUGGUUUUGUUGACCUAGAUACAUAAAUAUUCCAUUUCUCUAAUGUAAACUUCAACCUCAUCUUUUACAUGAAUUUCCUACUUUAAAUCCA